CUACGUGGACGCGACGAGAACAGCGCGUUGCGCGCGCAGCUUCUCCGCCGCCUCUCGAAGCCAGCGUCUCCGUUGCCAGGGAAACUGGGGCGGCGCGCUUUCCGGUGCAGUCGCGGCGCGUCGCAGCUGUCAUGGCGGAGACGGUCUGGAGCACGGACACGGGGGAGGCCGUAUAUCGCUCCCGGGACCCCGUGCGCAACUUGCGCCUCCGAGUCCACCUGCAAAGAAUCACAUCAAGCAACUUUCUUCAUUAUCAACCUGCUGCCCAGCUCGGGAAGGACCUCAUAGACUUGGCCACUUUUAGGUCUCACCCAACUGCCAGUGGACACCGCCCAGAUGAAGAUGAAGAGGAAGAGGCUGUGAUUGGGUGGCAGGAGAAGCUCUUCAGCCAGUUUGAAGUAGAUCUGUACCAAAAUGAAGUUGCCUGUCAGAGCCCUUUGGAUUAUCAGUACCGCCAAGAGAUUCUGAAGCUGGAGAAUUCAGGUGGCAGGAAGAACCGACGAAUCUUUACCUAUACUGACUCUGACAGAUACACCAAUUUGGAGGAGCACUGUCAGAAAAUGACCACUGUAGCCAGCGAGGUGCCAUCAUUCUUGGUGGAGCGAAUGGCAAAUGUCAGGCGGCGACGGCAGGACAGGCGAGGAGUGGAGGGCAGCAUCCUCAAGUCACGCAUCAUCACCUGGGAACCCUCAGAAGAGUUUGUCAGAAACAACCAUGUCCUUAAUACCCCUCUUCAGACAAUGUACAUCAUGGCGGACCUGGGGCCCUAUGGAAAGCUUGGCUAUAAGAUGUAUGAACAUGUUCUCUGUACUCUGAAGGUGGACAGCAAUGGUGUGAUCACAGUAAAACCUGACUUCACGGGCCUCAAAGGACCCUACAGAAUUGAGACAGAGGGAGAGAAGCAGGAACUGUGGAAGUAUACAAUCGACAAUGUGUCCUCUCUCGCACAGCCGGAGGAAGAGGAGCGGGAGCAGCGAGUGUUCAAGGAUCUUUAUGGCCGGCACAAGGAGUAUCUCAGCAGCCUUGUGGGCACUGACUUUGAGAUGACGGUCCCAGGUGCCCUCCGGCUCUUUGUAAAUGGAGAGGUAGUUUCAGCCCAAGGUUAUGAGUAUGACAAUCUCUACGUCCACUUCUUUGUGGAAUUGCCAACUGCUAAUUGGUCAAGCCCAGCAUUCCAGCAGCUUUCAGGAAUAACACAGACCUGUGCCACCAAGUCCCUGGGAAUGGACAAGGUGGCUUACUUCUCCUACCCAUUCACAUUUGAAGCCUUCUUCCUCCACGAGGAUGAAUCUGCUGAUGCUCUCCCAGAGUGGCCAGUGCUCUACUGUGAGGUCCUCUCAUUGGACUUCUGGCAGAGGUACCGUGUGGAAGGCUAUGGGGCUGCAGUGCUGCCUGCCACCCCAGGCUUGCACACCUUGAUGGUCUCCACAUGGAGACCCAUGGAGCUUGGCACAGUGGCUGAGCUGAGGAGGUUUUUCAUUGGCGGUUCUUUGGAGCUAGAGGACCUCUCCUAUGUGCGGAUACCAGGAACCUUCAAGGGGGAGCGUCUGAGCCGCUUUGGACUCCGCACAGAGACUACAGGCAGUGUCACCUUCCGCUUGCACUGUCUGCAGCAGUCCAGGGCCUUCAUGGAAUCGAGCUCCCUCCGGAAAAGGAUGCAGAGUGUGUUAGACCGUCUGGAAGGAUUCAGCCAGCAGAGUUCCGUUCACAAUGUGCUGGAGGCCUUUCGACGAGCCCGGCGCCGCAUGCAGGAGGCCCGGGAAAGCCUCCCCCAGGACCUAGUGAGCCCCUCAGGAGCCUUGGUCUCCUAGUUCACUGCAGCCCUGGCCCAGAGUGCAGGAGGACAAGACGAGGGAUGUCUGAGGCCAAUGCUGUCUUGCCCCUGCCUCAUAAUAGAGACCACACUGGCCUGCUGAGAACUGAAGAGCUGGGAAAUCCCUGGCAGCCCCUCUACCUGGCUUUCUGCAAGGUUUUCUCCCUGACACAUGGAAAUAAAGUCAGGGACCUUGUGGUCCCAUACAGCCCCCCUCUUAGAUUUCAGCUGCUGUCAGUGGGCAUCACAACAAGGCAAGCUUUUUGGUCUGAACCUAGUUUGGGUCUGUCCUUGUCGUAGCCUCUUUUUCUGGCUUGCUUCACAGUUGCAGAAGAUGUCAGGGAUCUGUUGUUCCACAGCCUUUAAAAAUGGAGCCUUCCUUCCAAGACAGAAGGAGGAAGGUGAGGGAGACCUUAAGUCUCUGGCCCUUGAGUCUCAGCCUCCUCUUUCCAGGGCAGCCUCAUUCUACUGCUUAGGGCUUGCUGAGAUUGACAUGUGACUUAUUUCUGGAGUAAAUGAAGGCCAAAGGCAGUGCCCAGUCCUUUCUGCUAGCUGGGAAGUAUCUUUUAUUGUGUUUGUAUUUUUUUACAUAAAACGUUUUAUAUUGAUGGA